AUGGCAGCAAGAAACGCAGACUCUAUGACCAACGCCCAGGGCGAAUUCAUGCCUCACAAGCCCCGCGAUGAACCCAUGGAGAAGCAUGGUCACCAAGUAGGUCAAAAGGUCUCGCCGGCGGACCACGCCCCCGAAUUCUCAGCCAAAACCCUACCACCAGGCACGGCUCCCGCAAACGCAACAUUCCAACCCAACCCGACGGGCGAAGUGCCCGGACAAGCCUUCAACGACAACGUCGACCGCUCCCACGGCAAGGAAGGCGUGCGCACCGACCCCCUGAGCACCUUGCCCGGCGCCACGUCCGCUGACGUGCACCAAGGUCUCGGCCAUCCGGGCCAAGGCCAGACGUCGACGGAGCUGCGGCACGAAGGACACCAUACGGCCAGCAAAGCGACUUCGGGCCCCGAGGGCGCCGGGGCAACGGGCGGCUCGGGUCUCCGCGACCCCAGCGACGUGAACAGCGAGUUCCGCCGCCUCCAGCAGGAAGGCGAUCAACCUCGCGGACCCGUAUCAGGACACAACGUGAGUAUGACAGGCGCCGAGGCAAAGGAACCCGUGUCCGCAGAGUUCGUCGCCGCGGAGGGUGGCAAGGCCGGAGAACACGCGGGAUACUCCAAGGCCAAGGGCACGACGGGAGUGCCAGACAGGGGCGCCGGGAAUCCUCGCGAGUAA